AUUUUCAGCUUUUUCUCCUCCGCCUCUUCCUCCAUUUCUCCAUUUUUGAAGUUACAAAACCUCUUCAUCUCCUUCUCCUUUUUCUUCUCCUCCAUUUAUUUUCUUUUUAAACCCUGCAUUACAGUCUAAUUUUUAGAGCAACUUCUUCAUCUUUAUCUUUAGUUGCUAUUUAAAUUAAGGUAUGGAGUUUCCACGGGUAUGCGUACAUCUGCGGCCAGAAGUGUACGAUGUGUUAACACUCCAGGAGAAGCAUCGAUCACACGCUGUGUGGGAUGGUGCCUUGAGAGGACCGACCGGAUGCCUGUUUCCUCGCCGCGCGGAUACCGAAUUUUUGAAGCACGUGAGGCGUCAUCCUUUUUAUCCUCGCAUCCUUGACUACUUUGGCCUGUGUGGAUUUAGUGGAGUAGUAGAGGUAGGAUGUGUAUCAUAUGAUUGGGCAGUCAUCACUGCACUUAUAGAGAGAUGGCGUCCUGAUACGCACACCUUUCAUCUGCGUACAGGUGAGGCGACCAUCACAUUACAAGAUAUUGAGCUCAUGUUGGGCUUGGUUGUUGAUGGUAAUCCCUUGAAUGAUCUUAAUGCUAGAAAUAUAGGUAUUGUUGGGUGACAACAAUUGAUCCAUGAGCUUAUUGGUUGGGCACCCGGUCUGGAUUGUUUUAAUGGUGUUAGUAGGUUAGAAGUACAUAAAUUAAUUGAAUAUAUUAGAGGCUUAGAUGACAUUACAAAUUAGACCCCAGAAAUUGUGUGCAACAGCGGGUUAGGUUGUACUUGCUAUGGCUUUGUGGCGGCACGAUAUUUCCGGAUAAGUCCGGUGACUUACUUAAUUUAGACUAUUUGCUUGACAUGCGUGACCUUAGAGCAAUGAGUAGACAAGCUUGGGGAACGGCUGCAUUGUCAUAUUUGUAUACUUGUUUAUGCUGCGCUUCGUUGAGGAAAGCCAAGGAUGUGUGUGGAUUCAUUUUCUUAUUGCAGGUUUGGGCUUGGGAGCAAAUUAUACCGAUGCAGCCACCACUCAGGGCCCUUCAGCCACACACGGCUCUUGCACGAAAGUGGACUCAUCGUAAAGCUCGCGAAAAUGAGGCACGUGUUGUACUACCCAUAUGUAGGGAUGUAUUGGACAACCUAACAGAUGGUCAGUUUGUGUGGCAGCCUUAUUCAGAGGCCAUCAUUAAUGUGACUCCCUGAGUGGUGUCGGCAUGGCCGAGUUAUUUGGAUGACGCAUGUUCCCCUUAUUUGUGGGAUCUAUCGAGAGUGGCACAUGGUAGACCGCGUUCUCAGAAAGUUAGGUAGGAAGCAACAUAUUCCGGGACCAUGUGUUGAAAUUGAUCUUUUUCAUUACAAACGUGACAAGCGGUAUGCUAUAACAGUGGAGGAUCAAUAAAAUUUUACACAAACGAACUUUUUGUGGGAAAAUCGUCGACAAUUAGGUAAGUUAUUUCAGAACAAGCAGGAAAUGAAAGGCGCAGUGAGACAAUAUUGUCUCAAAGAAAAGAAAGAGUUCAUUUGUGAUCAGUCCAAAGGUAAAUUUUGGAGGGUUAUUUGCAAGCGUCAUAUGUUGGGAUGUGAGUGGAUGAUCCGUUUUAGAGAAAUUUCAAGUGGUAUGUGGAAGGCAGGCAAAGCGGUUCUCCACCAUAGUUGUCUCACGGAUGAUUACAGAAAGGAUCAUUCCAAUUUGAACAAUCACCUAAUUGCUACUACGUUGAUACCAUAUAUUAUGGUCGAUCCAUACAUCAAUAUUAAGUCAGUUCAGCAAAAAAUAAAAGGAUUGCAUACGUUUACUCCUAGUUAUAGAAAAGCACAAAAGGGGCGUAAGAAAGCUAUUGAAAUGGUAUUUGGUGAUUUUGAAACCUCUUUCAAGACAUUGCCCCGAUACAUGGCUGCCUUAAAAUAUUUCAAUUCGGGGAUCGUUGUUGAGUGGGAACACCAAUCAACUACAAUGCAAGGUGAACACAUCUUCAAAUUUCUAUUCUGGGCUUAUAAACCAAGCAUCGAUGGAUUCAAAAGUUGCAUGCCUGUCAUCUCAAUAGACGGUACUCAUCUGUACGGUUAGUAUGAGAUGAAACUGCUAAUUGCUGUUGGAAUUGAUGCGAACAAUAACAUUUUUCCACUUGCAUAUGCUAUUGUUGCACGUGAGAGCUUUGAGUCCUGGACGUAGUUCCUUGUGUUGUUGUGGAGACAUAUUGUUUGUGAGAGACAAGGAAUUGGACUUAUUUCUGACCGUCAUCAGGGCAUCUUGCAAUGUGUCCAAACACAUGAUUGGUUACAACCACCAUCCACACACCAUAGGUUUUGCGUUCAGCAUUUGAAAAACAACUUCAAUAAAAAGUUCCUCAGCAGUGACCUUAAGAAGCUAAUGUGGUUGGCGGCUACAGAGCACCAGAAGAAGAAGUAUAAAAUGAGGAUGGAACAAAUCAAAACAAUGUCACCUCCAGCGCAUCUGUGGUUAAAAGCUCUUCCGGAGGAGAAAUGGACAUUGCAUAAGGACAACGGUCAUAGGUGAGGGGCUAUGACAACGAAUGUCUCCGAGUCUUACAACGGUUCAUUGAAGAAAGCUCGUGGAUUGCCCGUUACUGCCAUGGUCCGUUAUACGUUUAAAAAUCUUGUUGAUCGGUUUGUUGAGAGAAGCAUCCUUGCUGAUUUGUUGAUUGCAGAUAAAAAGUUUUGGCCGCGCACUGUUGAAAAGAAGUUUGAUGAAUACUGGGAGAGGUCCCUAAAGCAUACUGACAUGCAACAAUACAAUGCAACUGAAGGGGUCUUUGAGAUUCUGACAUUUGCACACGAAGGUAAGAGCGAAAAUAUCCAUAAAGUCUCUGCCGAAGGGAAAAAGUGUUCGUGUGGGAAGUGGAGAAACUACCAUAUGCCAUGUUCACAUGCAAUUAAAUUUUGUGAUAUCCGUGGAAUUCAACCAAGACCUAUGUUAGCAAGUACUACAGUUGCAGGUUUUACAAGCAAACGUACAGUGGAAAUUUUUCACCGUUGGGUGAUGAGGCAUAUUGGCCACCUUCUCGCUUCAGUUUAAUUGCAAACACUGAAUACGAGCGAACUUCAUGAGCGCGGACUACAACUAGAAGGAGGAGUGAAAUAGAUAUAGCUCCUGCUCGCAUGGCUAGAAAGUGUAGUACAUGCAAGCAAACAGGUCAUAACAAGAAUCGCUUCCCCGACAGAAAUCAGUAGUUGUUGUUGCUUGUUUGGUUUUUAUGUUUUUCCUUAAGUUGUACGAUUGUUGUUUGCUUAUGUAAUCUUCCAAGAAUAUAUAACAUGUAUUGUGCCGUUUAAUAGUUAGUAUGUAAUUUAACAUUUACUACUCAGUUAAUGUGUGACGUUUAUUUAACUUA